UUGUUAUUCAUUUUUGAGUUUGAAUGGAGAUGAUACUGAGGAAUCCUCCUUGAGUUCUUGAGAUUGAUUUUCUGAGAUUUAUCUGUUUUGCUUGUGAAUGGGAAUUUAUGUUCAGUUGUGAUAUUGUUAGUUGAGGAGUUAAGCAAGCAAGUAAGCAAGUAAGCAAGUAAGCAACCAGGCAAGAACGCGGCCAUGAAUUCACAACGAAUUGGAGGAUGUCUUUUACGACGUGGUAAAGGGGGAAUAUCUACAUCGUUUUUGAGAAGUAGAAGGAAUGGAAUAUGGUUGGGAAGAUGCCAUUCUACUAUGGGUCCGAGCCAGAAGCCUGGUUCUGCAGGGUAAGUUCCAUUGCUCGGAACAAGAGUACAACAUAGCUAACGACGCAAUAGAGUACGAUUCCCUGGAGCGGUAGACAGCAAAUUUACAUCUUCACUCUCGUUCGAAUAUCCUUCAACCUAUACCGCUAUCCCAACCUACCGCACUAUGUCUCCCGACGGCGAUAUUCUCGAUCCAUCCGUCGUGCUCCCUUCAGAUGAAGCGGCUUUAGAAAUGUAUCUCAACAUGGUCAGAGUAUCUAUCAUGGAUGUUAUAAUGGUUGAAGCGCAGCGUCAAGGACGUUUAUCAUUCUACAUGCCGAGUCAGGGUGAAGAGGGUACAUGUGUGGGCUCUGCAGCUGCAUUGGAAAAAGAUGAUGUGAUUUUUAGUCAGUACAGAGAAGCGGGAGUGUUUAUGCAGAGGGGAUAUACGCUUGAAGACUUUAUGAGCCAGCUUUUUGCUAAUAGGAAGGAUAAGGGAAGGGGAAGGAAUAUGCCGGUGCAUUAUGGAAGUAAGGAGCUGAAUAUUGUGAGUAUUCCUCAACUAUUACCCAACUUUGAUAUCAAGAAAUUGGGGGAAAAAUGACUCAAUGGCUAAUAAAUACAGCACUCCAUAUCAUCACCCCUCGCAACUCAAAUCCCUCAUGCUGCCGGUGCGGCUUAUGCAUUGAAAAUGCAACGUCUUUCCAACCCAUCUCUCCCUCCACGAGUAGUAGCAUGCUACUUUGGCGAAGGAGCUGCCUCUGAAGGUGACUUCCACGGUGCUCUCAACAUAGCAGCUACACGUUCCUGCCCCGUGAUCUUCAUAUGUCGCAACAACGGAUACGCCAUCUCCACUCCAACACUCGAACAGUACCGCGGCGACGGAAUUGCCAGCCGAGGAACAGGUUACGGAAUCGAUACCAUCCGAGUCGAUGGGAACGACAUCUGGGCCGUACUGGAAGUAACCAAAAAAGCGCGCGAACUAGCACUAAAAGAUGGUGGACGACCCGUCCUCAUCGAAGCAAUGUCCUACCGAAUAUCCCACCAUAGUACCUCUGACGAUUCCUUCGCCUACCGCGCACGUGUCGAAGUAGAAGAUUGGAAACGUCGUGAUAAUCCCAUAACAAGACUUCGAAAAUACCUCGAGAAAAGAAAUGUAUGGGACGAAGCCAAAGAAAUAGAAGCUAGAACGAAUAUCAAAAAAGAAGUCUUGAAGACACUGAGCGAAGCGGAAAAAGAAAAGAAACCCCCGAUUAAAAGUAUGUUUGAGGAUGUGUAUAAGGAGAUGACGCCGGACUUGAAGGCGCAGAUGCAGGAGUUGAGAAGGGUUAUGGAGGAGUAUCCUGAUGAGUAUGAUGUUGGGGAGUUUGAGGGAGGGGUGGCGAGUUUGAAGUGAGUGAGGUGUAUAUUGGUGGUGUGUGGUGUGUGGUGUGUGGUUAAGGAAGAGGGAAAUGAAUGAGGAAUGUAGAACGGAGAUAGAAGAGGAAAGAAGAGAAAUUGGAGUGGGAAUAGACGAGCUUAUGAGAUUAUGAUUGUAAAUGAGCAUGAGCUUGGGAAUGGAUUAACUCUAGCAUGCACUAGCGAGAAAUAGCACAGUACUGUACAUUAAAGUAUGAAUAAGACUUCUUGAUGUACUACUAUAUAACCAGUUAUCAGCCCCAAAU